AAAGGAGGGGCUUUCCCAUCUUGAAGUCGAAAAGGGGGGGGCGUGCUUGGGAGCGCAGAGGGAAGGUGUGGCGGCGGCGGGCUCAUGGCGCGGAGCGGGAGCCGGGGCUGAGCGCCCUGCCCGCCCAUGGAACCCGCCCCGGCGGCGGCGGCCACUGAAGAGGUGUUAGGGGAGGACGAGGAGACGCCCCCGGUUAUCUACACCAUGGAGAACAAGCCCAUCGUCACCUGUGCUGGAGAUCAGAAUCUCUUCAGUUCUCUGUAUCCUACACUUUCUCAGCAGCUCCCAAGAGAGCCCAUGGAAUGGAGGAGGUCUUAUGGCCGUGCUCCUAAGAUGAUUCAUCUAGAAUCUAAUUUUGUACAAUUUAAAGAAGAGCUACUACCUAAAGAAGGGAACAAAGCACUCCUGACAUUUCCCUUUCUGCAUAUUUAUUGGACAGAAUGCUGUGAUACAGAGGUCUACAAAGCAACAGUAAAAGAUGAUAUCACUAAGUGGCAGAAUGUUCUGAAAGUUCACAGCUCUAUGGAUUGGUUAAUUGUGGUGGUGGAGUGUGAUGCCAAGAAAAAAAAUAAAACCAAUAUUCUUCCCCGAACAUCUAUAGUGGAUAAAAUAAGAAAUGACUUCUGCAACAAGCAAAGUGACAGAUGUGUGGUACUGUCUGACCCCUUGAAAGACUCUUCCCGCUCUCAGGAGUCCUGGAAUGCCUUCCUGACAAAACUCAGGACACUGCUUCUUAUGUCUUUUACCAAAAACUUAGGCAAAUUUGAGGAUGAUAUGAGAACUUUGAGAGAAAAAAGAACAGAACCAGGAUGGAGUUUUUGUGAAUAUUUUAUGGUUCAGGAAGAAUUGGCCUUUGUAUUUGAAAUGCUGCAGCAGUUUGAAGAUGCCCUGGUGCAAUAUGAUGAAUUGGAUGCCCUGUUCUCCCAGUAUGUUGUCAACUUUGGUGCUGGGGAUGGGGCAAACUGGCUGACAUUUUUCUGUCAGCCAGUACGAAGUUGGAAUGGGCUGGUUCUUCGCAAACCAAUAGACAUGGAGAAAAGAGAGCUUAUUCAGAACCAGGAAGCCACUUUGUUGGACUUGCGCAGUUACCUCUUUUCUCGCCAAUGCACAUUGCUGAUUUUUCUUCAGAGGCCAUGGGAGGUAUCACAGCGAGCGCUAGAACUUCUCCACAACUGUGUGCAAGAGCUGAAGCUCCUUGAAGUUUCUGUUCCUCCUGGUGCUUUGGACUGUUGGGUCUUCUUGAGCUGCCUGGAGGUUCUGCAGAGAAUAGAAGGCUGUUGUGAUCGUUCUCAGAUUGACGCCAAUGUUUCCCAUACAGUUGGCUUAUGGAGUUAUGCCACUGAGAAGUUAAAGUCUCUGGGUUACCUAUGUGGACUGGUGUCAGAAAAGGGGCCUAAUUCAGAAGAUCUUAAUAGAACAGUUGAUCUACUAGCAGGACUUGGAGCUGAACGCCCUGAAACAGCCAAUACAGCACAAUCUCCAUAUAAGAAACUCAAAGAGGCCUUAUCAUCUGUAGAAGCCUUUGAAAAGCAUUACUUAGAUCUUUCCCAUGCCACCAUUGACAUGUACAAAAACAUUGGAAGAAACCGCUCAGCAAAGCUGGUUGGAAAGGAUCUGGCAGAGUUUUAUAUGAAGAAGAUGAGUCCCCAAAAGGCUGAAGUUUAUCUUCAAGGAGCAUUAAAAACCUAUCUUGCUGAGGGCUGGGCACUGCUUAUUACACAUACGCGGAAGCAGCUAGCAGAAUGUCAGAAACACCUUGGACAAAUUGAAAAUUAUCUGCAAACAAGCAGCCUUUUAGCUGGUGACAGUAACUUAACAGAAGAGGAGCGCAAACACUUCUGCCAAGAAAUAUUAAAUUUUGCCAAACAGCCCUCAGAUGGUGAAGGUGAGAAAGUUGUACUCUCCAUGCAUUCCUUCGCACAGUUGAAGAAUCUACAUUUUGAUCCUCCUAAUGCUGUGGUCCAUGUGGGUGGAACACUGUCCAUUGAACUGACGUUGGCAAACCAAAUGCCCAUCCCAGUGAACGUGGAUCAAAUUGCUAUCAAUGUCCAUUUCAGCAUUGAAAAGAAUAGCUACCGGAAGACAGCUGAAUGGCUCACAAAACACAAGACUUCCAAUGGUAUUAUCAACUUUCCAAAUGAAGUUGUGGGGAUCUCUCUCUCAAGAAGUAGCUUGCCAAUGCUGGAGUUGUACGAGAUGUAUGAAAGGAGUCCUUCGGAUAAUUCUCUGAAUACAACAGGCAUCAUCUGCAAAAAUGUGCAUAUGCUGUUGCGAAGACAGGAGAGCACCUCUUCUCUGGAAAUACCUCCAGGACUGACGCUGGAGGAUGGUGCCCACAUGUUAAAAUGUAGCAAUUUAAUACUGGAACCAGGGGUCAAUAAAAUAACUUUCAAAAUCCAGGGCAAAGAACCUGGGACAUAUACACUCAGGCAGUUGUGUAUUUCAGUGGGCAAAAUGCAGUUUGCCCUUCCUCAUAUUUAUCCAAUUGUGCAGUAUGAUGUCUACUCUCAGGAGCCACAGCUAAAAGUGGAACCAUGUACUGACAGCCUUUUGGCUGGAAUUCCUCAGAAGGUAAAAUUUACAGUGACUACAGGCCAUUACACCAUAAAGAAUGGAGAUGCACUACAACUCAGUAAUGCUGAUGCCAUGCCAAUCUUGUACCAUCCAGAGAGCAAAGCUGUGAUCUAUUCAAACACCAGGGAAAGAGAAUCCGAAGCAUCACUAACUAUCCAGUCAUCUGAGAAAAUAACAAGCAUCAGCUUGCCGUUGGCCCCUGCUUAUCAUGUGAUUGCCUUUGAGCUUGAAGUUCUGUACUUACCGUCAACCCCAGUAUGUAUGAUGGAAAAUGAGAAUCUAGUUAGUAAAGAGCUUCAGAGAAAGAGCAAAGAGAAAGAGUCAUCUCACAACUAUAUGGCUACAAUUGAUCAAAAAGUAACCAUUGAUUGUCCAUGGUCAAUUUACUCCACCAUUAUUGCACUUACAUUCAGUAUACCCUUUAAGGCCAAACAUUCCUUAUUAUCGGCAGGCAAAAGGAAAUAUAUACAGGUUUGUGUGCAGAACAUGUCAGAAAUAUCUUUUCACUUAUCUGACAGUAAUCUAAAAAGUUCUGGAAGUGACACAGAACUAAGUCUUGAAUCUCUGAACUCCAUUACUGAACAGCAUAUCUACAGUAAGCAAGCAGUAUUUUUUGUAUGGGAACUGAAGUGGACAAAAGAGCUUCCCGCAUCUUUGCAGUGCCAGUUCUCAAUGAGCUUUUGUUCAGCACCUUCUGAAGAUCACUUGCUGUCUCUGAAGCCGUACACUUAUGAAUUCCAGUUGGAAAAUUUUUUUACAUUAUAUAAUGUGAAAGCUGAGAUUUCCCCCUCAUUGGGGGCAGAAUAUUGUAAAACAGGCUCACUCUGCUCAUUGGAAGUGUUGAUAACCCGCCUUUCAGACCUCCUGGAAGUGGAUAAAGAUGAGGCAUUAACAGAAGCUGAUGGAUACUGUACGACAAAACUAAUGUAUGAAGUUGUGGACAAUAGCAGUAACUGGGCAGUCUGUGGGAAAAGCUCAGGGGUAAUAUCUAUGCCAGUAGCAGCUCGAGCAACUCACAGAGUCCAUAUGGAAGUGAUGCCACUCUUUGCUGGAUACCUGCCUUUUCCUGAUGUUAGACUAUUUAAAUACCUCCCUCAUCACUCUGCUCACUCGAUGCAGCUUGAUGCUGAUAGCUGGAUUGAAAAUGAUAAUCUCUCGGUAGACAAGAAUAUGGAUGAUCAAGCUGACAACAGUAGCAUAAAGAGCAGGGGCAGCAUACAUUCAGCAGCUAGUGCAGAACACAAAGGUUUGCCCAUGCCCCGGCUACAAUCGUUUUCCCCUGGACAGGUCUUCAACUCCAGCUCUGGCAUGCAGAUCCUUGUCAUUCCCAGCAAGGAUGAUCACAUUCUGGAGGUCAAUGUCACAUGACAGCUCUGUGUGUCUGGAGGUCGAUGUCACAUGAGACUUCAAUAUGAAUGCACUUUAAGGGAUCAGAACCUGAUUUUUCUUCACUGGAGCAUUUGAACGCUAACAAGGCUGUGGCAAUUCAACCCUUACUGGCCAUGGAAGCAUCAGACAAUUGUAUCAGUUCAAGUGUACAGUGAAGCUUGUGUCAGCUAGUUUAUAUUGCUACAUAAGGGUGUUUGUGUAAAAUGAAUUUUGGGGUUUUCUCCUCUCUCACAUCCUGCUGGUGAAAUAAAAGAUGCUUACUGCAGUUGGUUCUUUAACUCAAGCAGCUUCGAGAACUUCUGUUUCUUUGAAAAUAAUUAGUUUUCUGUUCAAAGAAUAUUUCAGGUUGACAUACAAUAAGCCUUGCAGUGUGGCUGUUAAUGAUUUAAGUGUGUGCCUUUCUAGUCACACGACUGUCUGGUUUCCUGGACCAGAGUAGCUUUCCAAAUUCCUGUAUAAUAGGGUAAGCAAUUCUUAAUCCUAUAGCUAUCUACAAGAUUUUAAAUAACGUGUAUAUAUUUUUUUCUUGAAGACUUACUUAACUUCUUCUGUGCCUUGGGAUAUGUGAAAUUUUUUGUCCACUAGUACUCUUCCCAUAGAGAGAGCCAUUACUUUAACUCACUGGGGAUGGAUGCCACAGCCACUGCCAUCUCCCUACACACACACACACACACACACACACACACACACACACACACGUCUCUCUCUCUCUCUCGAUGCAAAUAUUUAAGUGGCACAUAAGUGGUUAAGUUAGUAAUGAAGGUUCACUGGACCAAGCUUUCCCCUAAGACUGAUAUUUAAAAUAACUAGAUUAUAUUGAUCCUGAUUAUAUAGCUUUUAUUAAAUAUUUGUCACUUCAUAUUUUUUAAAACCAAAGUUUGUUUCUUCCCCUGUCCCAACUACUGUUAACUUAUUAUGGACUACAGAGCCAUAUAUAUCUAUAUAUUUGCACCUUAUUCUAGAGUAAUCUGAAAAAAAGCAAAUAAAGGCAUGGAUUAUAGAGCCUUACUUGACUGCUUUUCCAGUCUGGUUGUGGGGAAAUUGAAGGUCCUACAGUUGAACCUCUUCUGGUCCAGCAAACUGCAGUCACACCAUACCAACUGAUUAUUUUUCAGUUGUAAAUGUAUUGUACAAAUGAUUAUUUAAGAAGUCUAAACUAACCUAACUGAUGUAAUGUCUGUGUAUAAAUUGCACCAGAAAUCAAGGUCAAAAAUAAAUGUUUUUAUUGGUGUGUAAGUCAAAGCUUGUAAAUAAGUCUAGUGUGCAGAACCUUUUCCAGCUCUCAAACUAUGUAUUUUUGUACAUAAGAACUUCUCUAAAAUUCACUGCUACAAUCAUA